AUGGUGGUGCUGUUACCUAAUUUUGUGGUUUCAAUCUCUACCAAAACAAAAAUCGAUAUCAGUAGAGAUCAGUCAGCUCUUAAGGCACUGAAAGUUCAUGUUGUUACUGAUCCUCAAAUGAUUCUAAAAACUAAAUGGUUUACUGCUACUUCUGUUUACUUGUUUUUGAACAAUUUAUAUAGAGAAAUCCCAUUAUGGUUUGAUUCCUUCCCUAAACUUCAAUACUUGUCUGUGAGCUCUAACAAUCUUGCAGGAGAGAUCCCAUCCAAUAUGUUUGAUCAUCUACCUAGAUUGCAACAGCUUUACUUGGAAGGGAACAAGCUCUCUGGCAAAAUUCCAUUGGGUUUAUUCAAGUGCAAAGAGUUAGAAUACAUAUCCUUGGCUGAUAACAGGUUGGAAGGGAUUCUACCAAAAGAAAUAGGAAACUUGACAAUGCUUAGGAAUCUAUAUCUCGACAACAACCUGUUUGAAGGUGAGAUCCCAUCCAACAUGUUUGAUCAUCUACCUAGAUUGCAACAGCUUUACUUGGAAGGGAACAAGCUCUCCGGAAAAAUUCCAUUGGGUUUAUUCAAGUGCAAAGAGUUAGUUUUCAUAUCCUUGGCUGAUAAUAGGUUGGAAGGGAUUCUACCAAAAGAAAUAGGAAACUUGACAAUGCUUACAAAACUAUAUCUCUACAACAACCUGUUCGAAGGUGAGAUCCCAUCCAAUAUGUUUGAUCGUCUACCUAGAUUGCAAGAGCUUUACUUAGAAGGGAACAAGCUCUUUGGCAAAAUUCCAUUAGGUUUAUUCAAGUGCAAAGAGUUAGAAUACAUAUCCUUGGCUGAUAAUAGGUUCGAAGGGAUUCUACCAAAAGAAAUAGGAAACUUGACAAUGCUUAGGAAUCUAUAUCUCUACAACAACCUGUUCGAAGGAGAGAUCCCAUCCAAUAUGUUUGAUCAUCUACCUGGACUGCAACAGCUUUACUUGGAAGGGAACAAGCUCUCCAGUAAAAUUCCAUUGGGUUUAUUCAAGUGCAAAGAGUUAGUGUUCAUAUCCUUGGCUGAUAAUAGGUUGGAAGGGAUUCUACCAAAAGAAAUAGGAAACUUGACAAUGCUUAGGAGUCUAUAUCUCGACAACAACCUGUUCGAAGGUAAAUGGAAAGCAGUUGGAUGUUAUUUUAAUUUGUUGUCUUUCUCUAACUGCAAUAUCUACUUUGUUUGGUGA